AUCCGCUUAAACAAAUAGUCCAUAAUUUACUUUUAUAAUGUCAAAUGACAAAAAUAAUGUGCAAUCCCGUUUUAUUUUAUGUUAUGUUAUAUUCUUGUCAUAUUUGAAAUAGUUAUGAAUGGGCGCUUUUUAAUUCAAAGCGGAUGAAUACAUUUUCAUAGGUGUUGUAUUUGGUAGACACAGACUUCGGCGAUAUCAUAUAUAGACAAUACCGGGAAAGGUUUGUUGACUAUUCUUGACAUUAUCAGGCACCAACAUGGGAGGUAAGGACGGUAGACAGAAACCUACUUCAAACAGGUAUGUGUAUUCCUUUGGUGACAACACAUCAGAUACAGACACUGAUACAAGCAGGUCCACGCGUCGUCGACGAAGAAUGGAGGAUCCCGAAGCUGAGAUUAAACGAAGGAGAGAGAAGUUGAACAAUGAUAUUGCCAAAGAACUUGGUCCCGAUAUUGAUAGCAGAAACCCGCUUAAUGUGGCCAUAAUUGGGCCUCCUGGAGUCGGGAAGAGUUCCACUAUAAACACUCUUAUAACUGCGAUGAACAACGACAAAUAUCGGGAAUAUGCUAUUUCUGGUAAUUUCGGCGGACAAGCACAACAGAUGACCUAUCUCACUAAAAGCUUUCCCAAGAGCUGCUUCAAGGCACCUGUCCACCCUGAUGCAUGCUAUCCAACAUUCAUUGACAUUGCUGGCUUUGACGAUAUAAAUGACGACUUGAACAGAGAAUUAUUACGAAUCGUCUUCUAUGGACGUCUACCUGCCGAAGACAGCUUAAAGGCAGCCCAGGAAGAGUACAAAGAAACAGGUAUGAUGGGCCUAAGGAAGAAAUACUCCCAGAAUCUUGAGUUACUCAAGGUUGACAGAAUCAUUGUUGUGGCCUCAGCGAGAGCGAACAUUCCAGUUGGACUCAUUGAAUGUGUCAUAUCAGCUGCCAAUCCUGUUGGAGCUAAAGCCGGAAAAGGAAAAAGGGCAAUCCCAGUCUUUGGAAUUUUGACCAAAAUUGAUGGAGUUGAUCUUAAAUCAUCAGAGUUCAAGGAUAGAGAGGAACAAUUCCUUGAAUGUUUGGGUUUGGUUGGUGCCACACAGCGUUACGCCCGGCUGUCUAAUUACUGUAGUGACGUGGAUAAAGCUGAUGAACGCCUGGAAACGUAUCUGCCAAAAAUUGAUGUUCCUGCCCUGAAAUUCCUCAGACAGAUCCUGGACUCGGUGUAUGAGGUACAAGCUGGACAUGAAAAAUUUACCGACAUAUAUCCCAAGAGCAAGAAGCCCCCUAGGGAACCAGAGACCAUUCCUGAAGCUCCAACACAACCAGGAGCUAUACCUAUACCAGACCAGCCCAUCGGGCCUCAAACAUCUCUACCUGUCCUGCUUGUGACUUACGCAAUCAAAGGAAUCAUUAUUGCCCUUUUCGUCAAUGUAUGCCUAGCCCCUUCCAUCUCCAGCAAGGACCUGCUGAGUAUUUGUACAACCUAUGACCAACAUAGGUCACGGAGGCCAAAUGGAUUUUAUGAUAGCCAUCUGACCAAUAUUUGUGACAGGAAGAUGGAUAUCAUCGGGAAAUCUUUGAUGGGACCACUCAUACUUUUCGUUGUACUCAUAGUUUUGAUGGACUUCCUCCUGCCUACAUUUAUGAAAGCAUUGAUUGAAAAAUUCCUGAAGCCAAGACAACAGUAAGACAAAAAAAUCCGGCAUAAGUGAUGUGAUUGUUUUUUUGUAGUGCUUUUAUGUUUUUUGUUUUCUGAAAAUCAAUAUAGAAAAUACAAUCUAUUUCUUGCAAUUAGCUACAGAUGUGUGAUACAAACCAUUGCAAGGAAACAUCAAAUAAUAGAUAUUUUAACCCUGAUCAUAUUUCAUAUCGGGGUAAGAUACAAUUUUAUGAAUUGUGUAGCAUAAUACACAUACCUGAAUAUUGAUGUUUAAGUCUGAUGUUUUUUGGAAUUUUUACAACUUUUUUAUCUACUAUGUGUUUAGUAACAGUGCUACUAUUUAAUUAACUGAAGUUAAACUGCAAUGCUUUCAAAAAUAGUUAUUGACGUUUUUACUUAAUCUAGUACACUUUUUUAAUCAUGACUAAACUGCUUUGAGACAAUUUAGGAACUAGGUUGUGAUUAUUAUUUGGUGGUUGGAUGGCGCAGUGGAUAGCGCACUUACCUUUCACCAAGGCGGCAUAGGUGUGAUUCCCCAAUCCGACGUGAAAAGGUAUGGGGUCACCUGCCUGACCACGUGGGUUUUCUCCGGGGAUUCUGAUUUCCUCCCUCAAUAGGACUAACAUUCAGGCGAACAUCCGGGCCAACAAGAGUGACUAAUAUAAGUUGUAAAAAUUUGUUUCAUAAUUGUUGUAAAUAAAUAAGGUUUAUAUUUUUUUUAUAUUUAUAUAUUAUUAUUAUUAUUAUUUAUUUAUUACUACAAAAUGGUAAUAUUGAUCCAUAUUAAUAAUUGCGGUUAAGAGAGUAAGUGUGUGUCUAAAUACAUAUGUAAUCAUUUUUUUACAACUCUUUCCCAUACCUUAUUGUAGGAUCACUUGAUGGGGACAGGAGUCGGGAAAUAUCCCCGAUAACUUUAUCCAACAAGUCCACUUGUCUUAUAUUUAGUCUUCUCAGUUUGAGGGGGAUACCUUGCGGUAUACAAAGUCCUCUUCAAUCCGAAAAUGAAGGUAAAAAGAAGUAGCAACUCCUGAAGCCGUUUUUCCGUAUAUGUAUUCUUCUUUAGCCUUGUUGCUGAAGUGUUUCAGCCCACGAGUCUGGCAAUCAUAAGGGCAUAUUAUUGUUACAUGUGUAGCACAACUGGACAGGGUUGAUCUUCUGUGACAAGGUAGCUCAAUUGGUAGAGCAUCCGUCUAGAGUACGGAAGGUCACAGGUUUGAACCCCAGUCCGGCAUUUACAUUUUCUCUUUCUCCUAGCGAGCUUGUCAACCCUUGUUUUAAGCAUUGGGGGUACGCUUAGCAAGAUAAUAGCCCAACUUGGGUUGUAAAUACGUUUUGUCUUCAGAGGCAAAUACUUAGAAAAAGGAGGGAGGAAUGUAGCGGAACAGGACUGGGUCUAUCAUUGGCAACCAGGUAGCUGAAUUGGUAGAGCGUCCGUCUAGAGUUCGGAGGGUCCCAGGUUUGAACCCUGGUUUGGCCGCUACAUUUUCUCUUUUUUGUUACACAUGAUAAAAAAUUACUGUAAAAUGACCCACUAAACCUUCAGGAGUUCUUUUCCCCUUUUUACCUUUUUGGGGGAGAGGUGGUUACUAGAGGAAGUGAGACAGCCGGUGUAGGAGAGAUUGUAUUACAACUACCUUAUCAACUUACCUGAGGGUGUGGUUCAGCUAGGUAACAGUGUACACUGUGAUAACAAUGAAAAUCUGUGAGCAUAUGACCCACCCAUCAAUGUUUUGUAUUGGAGUUAUACACAGUAAGUUUUUGGUUUGUGUAAGAAACUGUUUGAACUCAGUUUUGCUUUUGUUGUUUGAUCAAGCUAAGGGACUCAAUACAUUACUUAAACUUUCUGAGAUUGUUUACAUUCAAAGUUUAUAUAUAUUAUGUAUUAUUACCUAAAGACACAGUGAACACUCCUGUAAACCAGCUUCCUAUAAUAUAACAUGUUUACAGUAUCGGUUGUAGCAAUAUAAUCAUUGUUGUACAUGUACGGAUAGGAGGGCUGCCAAUAGCCUUCAGCACAGAGACACUUAAUAUACUAUCAAUCUAAUUGAAAUUAUAUCUUCCCAUCGCGACCAUUUACACAACAUAUGAUCAGUAAGCAGGAGCGAUACGAAGAUCUAAUUUCAAUUUAAGUUCUGGUGCAGGACCAGUUUUGUUGCUUUGAAAUUGUACACAUCGCAGUAUAUAUACCACAGGUAUGUUGAUUUUUUUGUAGUUUUAUAAAAUUGAAAAACACAUGGAAAGCGUUCAUUUUAUAUUGAUGUACAUCACACCUACUAGUUUUCUGCUCACUCAAAUCAUGCCACUGUUUUAUGGUACGGUGGCACUGAAUAUCAACCAAAAGCUUAAUGUACUGACAAUUGUUUUGUGAUUUUUUUGCUUUUUAUUAAAUGUGAGUAUACUA